AUGAUCUGUGUAAAGCCAUUAGACCAGAAGUCAUUUACUCAGAAGUCGACCAUUGCCCAGGUCUCUACCGCCUCCAGCCCCCCAGUGAUGGCUGGCCGGACAUGUGACGCCACAUUCAGUGCUUGUCCCAGACCACGUCUCAUGUGCUUCCUUUUACUGUGUUCAGUGCUCUUAUUGUUUUUGUAUACUUCAACAGGCUUGGACUUGUGCAGGGCUUAUGGAGUAGAUGGAGAAGGCAUUGCAGCCUGUUGGAUAUCAUUUGCAAGCAACAAUGGAUAUGAUUCUUUGACACCUGAAGGACUGGACCAUUUUGAGCGUGAAGAACUUACAAAAAAUAAGAAAACGAGCAUCAAAAAGACAGAGAAUUUCCAGAUAUAUGAUGCAUCAACCAUUGAUGAAAUAGCUGGCGAGGAUGAUAAUGAUUUGAUUGCAGCUUAUGGAGGAACUCCAACACCAAAGCAAAGGAGCAAACGGCAGUUAACCCCUGACAAUAGCAUUGUGAAACGACAUGUUGGACCAUCUAGAUCUAUUUCAGCACAGUUCUCACCAGCUUCCAUCUCCCCAAGUGUCACUACUCCAUCACAAAAGUAUUCAUUACGUAAUAAUGCUGGUAACAUUGUUUCCUCUUUUGGAGAAAUGAAGAAAGAAAAUUGGAAAGCAGAUAUGAAGAAUAAUUUAGAGAUGCGUGUGAUCCCAAUGGGUGGAGAUGAAAUUUUAAGUCAGGUUUAUAAAUACAUGUUUGAGAAGGUUCGUGAUGCUGCUAAUGUGCUUGAUGAUAUAAUCACUUCACUUGCAGACCAAAUGAUUACCGAUCUUAAUACUGAAGAGUACUCCCAGCUCACAUCGCCCAGCAAUGAAGCUGUGUGCACUGUUGGCCGGAUAUGUUGUGAUAGUGUUGGCCGACUAAAUUUUGCCUCAGUAUUGUUGGAGGGAUCUCGCGAAAUAAGUGGUGGCAACGCAGUUCCUCUGGACCUCUCACAUUUGUCUGAAUUUUCUCUCUUUCCUGGACAAAUAGUUGCUGUGCGGGGUGUAAAUACUACAGGAAAUAAACUGGUAGUACAAGAACUCUUACCAGGAAAAAUACUUCCACUUCCUGAUUCGCCAGAUAUCAUCAAGAAUGCUGCAGGUGCAGUACAAGUAGUGGUUGCCAGUGGCCCUUUCACAACCACUGAUAACUUGCUCUAUGAGCCUCUGACAGACCUCUUGUCCGUCUUGAAAGAAAAUCCUCCACACAUGCUUAUUCUUCUUGGACCUCUGUUGGAUGCUGCUCACCCACUGGUGGUUGAAAAUCAGUUAGCAGAAACUCAUGAGGCUGUGGUGGCACGCUGUCUUCGGAUUAUUACUUCAACCUUGGAAAACUCAGGUACUGAAAUUGUUCUAGUGCCCUCUUCUAGAGAUGUUUGUUGUCCUACAGUAUAUCCAACGCCACCUUAUGAUGUUGGGAAUAGCCUAACCUCUGUAAGCGACCCAGUCCUCCUAGACAUCAAUGGUACAGUUGUUGCACUGACUGCCACAGAUAUACUGUUUCAUCUAGGGAAGGAAGAAAUAUCUUUGUAAGUUGAGAUGUUAUUU